GAAAAAACCCUCUUGAAUAAUUCAAUUUGCAUUCACAUGUUCAUGAUUUCUAGGCGACAGAAGAAGACAUAUUCUGGCCUUGUCACGAGGUCAUAGAUCCAGCAGCUGCCUUGAUAGAAGAAUCUUGACAGAGGAGGAAGGGGAUCCACUUGUGCAGGUGGAGGCUGUUUGGACAGGAAGGGAGGAUGAGGGGAGAGCUGGACUCAGUCGGUCCAGAAGGAAGAAAAAGCCCUGUUGUCACCAAGGCUGGAAGCAGAAGGGAAGUGUGGGAAGGAACCUUGCAGAAGAGCCUGGGAGAGGAUUUUCUCCCUUCAGAUGUGCAGCGCCAGCAAUUCCGGCACUUCCGUUACCAGGAGGCUGAAGGGCCCCGAAAGGUCUGCAGCGAACUCCACCGCCUUUGCCUCCAGUGGCUGAAGCCAGAAAGGCACAGCAAGAAGGAGAUCCUGGACCUGGUGAUCCUGGAGCAGUUCCUGGCCAUCCUGCCCCCCGAGAUGGAGAGCUGGGUCAGGGAAUGUGGGCCAGAGAGCAGUUCCCAGGCGGUAGCCCUGGCAGAAGGGUUCCUCCUGAGCCACGCAGAUGACAAGAAUCCAGACCAGGAGGUGCAGGAACGGACCAAGUGUUACCCUGGAGCAGCUUUUCUGGGUAAGAUCAAAAGGGCCGUUGUACCCACUCAACAUCCUCUGAGCGUAGGUGGGCUGCCUGUAUUCCCCUGACCUCAGUCUAGUGUGGGAAUGAUGCUCACUCGAGCUUCUCAGUUUACAAAUAUCCAUUUCAGGAAGCAAAAACCUAGAAUCGAUUUGAAAUCUCGGCAAGCUAAUUGGAAGAAUAUUGGUUUAGGCCAUACCCUAUAUACCCUAUUUGCAUAGGGGUUACAUGGUUAACCAUUCGGGUAAUUACUUGGUAAAAAUUCUAGU